AUGACUCUUUCCAUCCUGCGCCCCUCUUCCCGCUUCUCCCCACCAACCCCAAAGGGCUGCAUUUCAAGGUUCUGUUGCGAGAUUCCAGGUGCGAAGGUGAUCCUAGUUGUGCCCCUUCGGGCUGCGCCCCUUUGGGUCGUGCGCCUGCAGGUUGUGCCCCUUCGGGCUGCGCCCCUUUGGUUCGUGCGCCUGCAGGUUGUGCCCCUUCGGGCUGCGCCCCUGCAGGUUGCGCCCCUGCAGGUUGUACCCCUGCAGGUUGUGCCCCUUCGGGCUGCGCCCCUGCAGGUUGUGCCCCUUCGGGCUGUGUCCCUGCGGGUCGUGCCCCUGCAGGUUGUGCCGCUUCGGGCUGUGCCCCUGCGGGUGUUGAGGACCGGAAAGGAAGGCCAACCCAGAGAGUACUACACGUUGGAUUCUAUUUUAUUUCUACUUAAUAAUGUGCACCUUUCUCAUCCUGUCUAUGUCCGACGGGCAGCCACUGAAAAUAUUCCUGUGGUUAGAAGACCUGACCGAAAAGAUCUACUUGGAUAUCUCAACGGUGAAGCAUCGACAUCGGCCAGUAUAGACCGAAGUGCCCCUCUAGAAAUAGGUCUCCAGCGAUCUACGCAAGUAAAACGAGCUGCAGAUGAAGUUUUAGCAGAAGCAAAGAAACCACGAAUUGAGGAUGAAGAGUGUGUGCGCCUUGAUAAAGAGAGGUUGGCCGCUCGCCUUGAGGGCCACAAGGAAGGCAUUGUGCAGACUGAGCAGAUUAGGUCUUUGUCUGAAGCUAUGUCAGUGGAAAAAAUUGCUGCGAUCAAAGCCAAAAUUAUGGCUAAGAAAAGAUCGACCAUCAAGACUGACUUAGAUGAUGAUAUAACUGCCCUUAAACAGAGGAGUUUUGUGGACGCUGAGGUAGAUGUGACUCGAGAUAUUGUCAGCAGAGAGAGAGUGUGGAGGACACGGACAACUAUAUUACAGAGCACAGGAAAGAACUUUUCCAAGAAUAUUUUUGCGAUUCUUCAGUCUGUGAAAGCCAGAGAAGAAGGACGUGCCCCUGAACAGCGGCCAGCCCCAAAUGCAGCACCUGUGGAUCCCACAUUGCGUACCAAGCAGCCCAUCCCAGCUGCCUACAACAGAUAUGACCAGGAAAGGUUCAAAGGAAAAGAAGAAACGGAAGGCUUCAAAAUCGACACGAUGGGCACCUACCACGGCAUGACCCUGAAGUCUGUGACGGAGGGUGCAUCGGCCCGCAAGACUCAGACUCCUGCGGCACAGCCAGUGCCAAGACCAGUUUCUCAAGCAAGACCUCCCCCUAAUCAGAAGAAAGGAUCCCGAACCCCAAUCAUCAUCAUCCCAGCAGCCACCACCUCUCUGAUCACCAUGCUGAACGCGAAGGACCUUCUGCAGGACCUGAAAUUUGUCCCAUCAGAUGAAAAGAAGAAACAAGGCUGCCAACGAGAAAAUGAAACGCUGAUACAGAGGAGAAAAGACCAGAUGCAGCCAGGGGGCACUGCUCUCAGUGUCACGGUUCCCUACAGAGUCGUAGACCAGCCCCUGAAACUCAUGCCUCAGGACUGGGACCGGGUGGUGGCUGUUUUCGUGCAGGGUCCUGCAUGGCAGUUCAAAGGUUGGCCGUGGCUUCUGCCUGAUGGAUCACCCGUUGACAUAUUUGCUAAAAUUAAAGCCUUCCAUCUCAAAUAUGAUGAAGUUCGUCUAGAUCCAAACGUUCAGAAAUGGGACGUGACUGUGUUAGAACUCAGCUACCACAAACGUCAUUUGGACAGACCAGUUUUCUUGCGGUUCUGGGAAACCUUGGACAGGUACAUGGUAAAGCAUAAAUCCCAUUUGAGAUUCUGAGUGACGUGGUCCCCUUCUGGAAGUCUGGAUUAGGAGGUGGAUCUGCCUUGAUCUAAAGACUGACCGAGAGUCCAGCUUUAUGAAUUUAUCAAAAACUCACAAACAAAGAAGGUCACGGAUAGAGCCACGACCUCACUCGAUCCGCUUGUAUGUCAGAGGGAUGAUGCCUGCCAUUCACACAUGCAAACUUUUUGGCCUACAACUAUUUUUUUAAUAUUAGCCUUCUAGUCUGUAAUGGAAAUUGUAUAUUUUGAUAGAAGUUUUUUCUUCAUUGGUUAAAAUAGCAUUACUUAAAAUGUGUUUCUUUAGAAAAUAAAUACAGGUUAUUAAUGUGUGUAUAGUUAGAGGUUAUAAGGUUCUCUAAGCCAUCUGGUUUCUGAUUUUUCAUUGCUCUUUAAUUCCUCUUACUGUGUUCUGAAUGGUAUUAAAUUUUAGUUUCUGGAACUUGCAAAACCAAGCAAAGAGAUGUGACUCUUUGAGUGAAUCAGAGUGGCAGCCUGUGUGAUACAGCUCCAGUCCUCCUCUGUACUUAAAAGGGAAAGGGAAAACCAAGAACCGUCCUCCAGCUUUCGGAGACAUAACUUAUGUGGAAUCCAUUUAAUGAAUGUACCUUCUCACUGACUUUGGUGAUUUUAAACUUAGAAGGAUAUAUUUUUAUCUGUGACAUCUUUCCACUCGGAAAAGCUCAGAACACAGACUGAGAUCCCAGUAGGCUAUAGUCCUUUGUAUUUGGGGGGCCAGAGUGUGAGUUGGGGGAAGGAAGUGUGUGAGUCCUACUGCAGUGUGAUUUCACCUUCCUAUCUUUGCUCGUGCGUCCACCUCUGAUUCUUAACUUGCAGGGUGUGGGAUUUUGAGUCUUCUAUUUCUAGGCACGUUGACCUUGGAGUCCUUAUCUUCCAUUGUCCCUAAAUAUCAGUAAAUUCUUGUGGGCACCAAAGAACACAUUUGCUUACGUAAGUGUCUGAACAGAAACAAGAUAAAAACACUGGUAUUUUUAUGUGUGUAGUCAAUAGUGUAUGAGAUAUAAAACCUAUAUUUUAACUUAGUAAAAUAUUUUACUACUUCUCUACUUUAGACAGAGUGUUGCAUCCACAGUCCAGUGAGUGAGCAUUUUUCUUGAGUCUUAACUCCACCUUUUACUACUUAAAAGCAACUUGGACCUUUAUUCCCCAGAAGAGUUGUUACUGUUAGAAUCCUUGCUGAUCACUUGUAUCAUUACCCGCACCCUCCAUUUCCCCCCAGUGAUCUCUAUAGGUUGACAUAUUUUUUGGUAAACAUUAGCUCCUCUGUUAGCCUCGUUUUGAAAUUUAAUGCUGUCAUAAAAAUGAGAAGCACUUACUUACCCUUUAAGUAACCAUGAAAGUCGUACCAAUAGGGAAUAGAGGAAGUACUCAUGGAAGUCACUGGGUUUUUUCAGAGGAGAAGUAGUCAGCAUCUGAAAUUAUUAUAUCUUAGGGCAUUUAUAAGGUUUGAACAGGUUCCCCUCCCCUUUUUCUUCUCUGUCCUCUCUUCUUGAAAACAAGAGAAAACUUAAAUUUGUUCACCUUAAAAUAUCUCGGCAUAUAAGUCUGUUUCCAGAAUAAAUUAUGUAUUGUGUAAACUUUCUCCAUGGUGAAAUAGUCACAGUCUAGAAUCUGUAAUAUUUUAAUGUAAGAUUACUUGUUAAGACUACUACCAGUGGACACGAGCUACCUUUCUAUAAAGAUUUUUAGUAUUUAUACUUA